AUGUCUUCAGAAACCGAAGCAAAAGACCACACUUUUAAGUUUUCUUUAUAUCGUGAGAAAGAUUCAUAUAAAGUGUCGUGUAAAACAUCCAUGACUGUGCUUGAGGCUCUUAAUACAAGCCCAAUGUUCAAGACUGAAAAAGACAAAAAGAAAAACAUGCAGAAAGAAAUACUAAUCAAAAGAUCAAAAGGAUUUCCUGAAGCAGCUGUGAAGACUGAUUUUCCCAGCUGUCUUAUUGAAAGAGAUGAGAUCUUAGAAAUAGACUUCAUCCAAAAGGAUAAAAAUAGUUCUACAAAUCAAACAACUGCAGAUCCUUCACUCCUCAGUAAAAGAAGUAAACCUGAAACAUUAGUCGCAAUCUGGGUUAAAAAAGAAGGAGGGCCGAAAGUGAAUUUGUUACUGAAGAGCAAAGCCCUAAGGAGCAAAGUACAAUAUGUCUGUGUGUAUGCAUUCAAAGGAGAGAAAAUCAAAAAAGCUCUUAAACGUGAUGGACGAUUCAAAAAAGACAUUUUCCAGAAACACUGUGCACUCUCUGAGUUUGAUAAAGGCAUGCAUGAAUGGUCAAAUCCAGUAGACGAUCUUGAUGGAAAGGCUUUUCAGGUAGUUGUUCUUAGUGACCAGAAUCUGCCAGACAGUCAAGAGGAUUUGACUUUUGUCAAGACUGAACCUAAUGUAGCUUCAGAUGCUGAUGUGGCAGAAACUGCCGACUCAAGUCAGAAUCCCAUCAAGACUGAGCAAGAAAAAACCCCAGAUGGAAACACAAAGUCCACAAAUCCAUCAACUAAACAGUAUUUUUAUAAACCCAUUGUAAAUUCUGAAGAGAUUCUGGGAAUUCUACGUCAUCAGUUUCCAGUUUUACUGGACACAUUAAAGAAAAGAGAGAAUCUGAAGAACAAAUCGGAGGUCCAAGAGUACUUCAGAGCAGAAUAUGGUAAAAGUGUUGAGAAUUUCCUGAAGGUGAAGAAAGUGAAGGAGCUCAUGAAGCUCUCUGACUCUGUGUGUCAGAUUCGACGGGGGGACUCUGCUUUAGGAACUGGUUUCUUGCUCUUUGACCAAUACAUCCUCACUAAUGCUCAUGUUAUUGGGAUAUCUACUGACCUUACGAAAGUUAACGCUGAACAGUUCAUAGCUGUAUUUGAUUAUGAAGACAGGGAUUCAGAGAAGCGCAUACAAGUUAAACAACUCACAGAUUACUAUUACGGAAAGGAUGAGCAAGGAAGGCAUCUUGACUAUGCUCUUCUUGAACUAGAUGACAGUGGUGAAAUAUAUUUUAGAAAGUACCAUCAUUUGCUCGAUUCUUUAAGUUCAAACCUUCCUACUAACAGACAUCAGAUCUGCAUUGUGGGGCAUCCAGAUGAGGGAGUUAAGAAAAUGGACCCCUGCAUUACCAUUGGAACAGAGAGUCGACUAGAUGCAGAAGAAAAACACAAAACUGAGAAUGCUGAAUGCAUUCAUGUGAUGAGACUGAAGUCUGUGGAAGAAAAAUGGGACUUUCAUAAAAACCAGAUAACUUACAAUUCUUGCUUUUUUCAUGGAUCUUCUGGCUCUCCAGUUUUUGAUGCAGACUGCAAUCUGAUUGGUAUUCACACUGGCGGCUAUGUGUAUGGAGGACAUGGAAAAACUACUAAGAGCGUUAUGGAAUAUGCCUUUUCUAUUCAGCCCAUUCUGAAUAUGAUCAGAGCACAUGCUAAGAUAAGAGGUUUAAAAGAUUUGGUCCAAAUCUUAGAACCCUACACUGAUCAAAGCAAUGAUUCUGAGACUCCAAUGGAACAGAAUUAGACCGACUGAUGGAUCGUGCCGAAAAGCUUUGAAUGAAACGGUCCACACGUCUGUGCCACCAUUUUUUUGGAGAGGUAAUGACUGCAAAAACUUAAUUUCUGAAAGACCUCAAAUAUAAAUAAUUGUGUGUUCAGAAGCAGAAGAUAUAUUCUGUUUCUCUAAUUUUUGACAAAUGUAAAGUCAUGUACCUCAUCUGUGGGUUAUUUUAGGUCUGACUUAUAUAUACUUACUCAUUUAACACAAAUCAUUCACUCAUAUAUUCUUUAUUUUAGUUUUACUUUACAGUAUAUUUGUGUUGAUAUUUUAUGCUGAUUCUAAAUAGAUUUAAAUUGAUCUUAAUGUUUUGCUCUUGCUGUCAUGUUCAAGCAUCCACAUCAAAUCAUCUUUGAAUCACACAAAUACACCAAAUGAACUAAUCUGACAGAAUUGCUGUAAUAUGAGACAAGAAUACACAACUACAAUCAAAGGUGUAUCUCCAUUACAGUAAAUACAUUUAGAAACUUCUUUGAGUUUACAAAUCAAUG